AUGGAGCAGAAAACGUCGAAAAAAUUUAUUAUAAUGGAAAUAAUGGCUCAGUUAGUGAAUAUCACAAUGGAAAUGAGGAAGAAAAAAUUAAGACCAUUUAAUUUCUAUUUAGAGAAUUUGUUUGUCAAACCAUUUGAUUCUACUGUCAUUUAUCCAAUUUUCGAUCAUAUUAUUAACACCAAAGAAAGUCCUCCAUCAAAUGAUUUAGAAUCAACCAUGGAUCGUCGUUCUCAAAUGCAAAGAUUUGUUAUCAAUGGUCUAUAUCCAUCGGACGAACUAUUGAAAACACAUGAUAAUCAAUCAAUAAAAGAUUUUCAAUCUCCAUCAUUUCUCUCAAAACUGUAUAACAAAGCAAAAUCUGCUUUUAGCACAGUAGUAUUUAAAAAACCAUCGGAUCCAUUCCUUCAUCUUAUAGAAAAACGUCAAAAAUCAAAGCAGAAUUAUUCUAGUUGGUAUUUAUCAUUGAAAAAAAAAGCAAAAAGGUUUAAAAAAUAUAAUUGCAAAUAUGCUAAAACAAUGAAUACUGGUGUAUGGUCGACACGUUAUUCGGAAAAAGGUCUUGUACAUAAUUUGUGUGUCAUCUACUAUCAAUUGAAUAUGAAUGGACAAGCCCCAUUUUACGCUGGUGAAAAUAAAAUGAGACAGCGAUUGUUAGAUGUUUAUCAUAGAAAAUACAAUUUUAAAAAACGAUGUCCAGUGGAAGACCUUGAUAUGCUAGUAAACUUUUUCAAAAAUUGA